CCGGUUUUAGCCACAGUUCCGAUUUGGAUAAAUAAACUCCCUCCUCAGUGCAUCAAAGAUUGGUUAAGGAACGUUGGUCAAUUGAAUGACUCCAUUUUGUACAUGAAGGGCAUUGAGUCGUUACUACCUGGAGGAGGCAGCGGAUAGAAAACGCGAUCAAGCAAUAAUGGCAGGACAUGAUUCUGGAACAGAACACCAAUUUACAGGAUUUAAGAAAUACUUCAAUAGCUAUACAACAAUAGGCAGAAGGAAUUAUGUGCUACUUACAUAUGGAGGCAUUCUAAUGCUUAUCAUUGGAUUUAAAAUGAGGAAACCUAAGGAAAUCGCACACAAAUAAAUUCUUAUUGUUGGACUUCCUUGUUGUAUUGCUGUCUAUGAGUUGCAGAAGCAGAUGCGCAGUUCAGUAAAUUAUGAAAAAUGGCUGUAUUUGCCUUUAGUAUCAAUCAAUGUGUAAAAACUGUCCAAAUUUCUGGUGUUAAUUAUUAAUUAAAGAAGCCCUCUCAAUCUGUAUUGCCCAUAAAUGAGAGUAAUUUUAAGCAUUGCAGUAAACCAUCUGCUCCACAGAAUAAAAAAGAUGACUGUUAUUAUCAUGAAAGCAA